UUGAAACAAAACUGUGUAAAUAUACUUACGAAAAAAAUAUCUGGGGCAUCAAGAAAUUCCAUUUUUGAAUGUGAUGACUGUAGCAAAAAGUUUUCAACAAAAGAUGUUCUCGCCGACCACAUAUCACAUAGUCAUAAGACGCAAAAGAACUCGGAUGCAGUUCGGACACAAGUUAAACAUACUCCAGUACCACAAGUAACGGAUAUAUUUAGUUGUGAUAUUUGCGAAUUUAAAACAUCUCAAAAACGUUGCAUUUUGGCACAUCUUAAAGCGCACGUCGCCAAACAAGCGUACUGUUGUAAUAAUUGUGAUUAUAAAUGUAUAGAUAAAAGAAACUUCCAAAGGCAUAUGAAAAAACACACCGGAGAAAAACCUUUUUCGUGUAAUAAUUGUGAUUAUAAAUGUAUUACAAAAUAUGAAUUGCAAAGGCAUAUGAAUAUACACACCGGAGAAAAACCUUUUUCUUGUAAUAUCUGUGAAUAUAGAUGUAUAAAAAAAGCUAAUUUGAAAGAUCAUAUAAAAAUACACAGCGGAGAAAAACCUUUUUCGUGUAAUAUCUGUGAAUUUAGAUGUAAUAGAAAAAUUAAUUUGCAAAUACAUAUGAGAAUACAUACUGGAGAAAAACCUUAUUCGUGUCAUAUCUGUGGAUAUAAGUAUAGUGAAAAAAGUAAAUUACAAAGGCAUAUGAAAAUACAUACCGGAGAAAAACCUUAUUCCUGUCAUAUCUGUAAAUAUAGAUUUAUUACAAAAAGUUAUUUGCAAACACAUACAAAAAUACACACCGGUGAAAAACCUUUUUCGUGUCAUAUUUGUGAAUAUAAAUGUUUACGAAAAACUGAUUUAAGAACACACAUAAAAAUACACACUGGAGAAAAACCUUUUUCGUGUAAUAUCUGCGAAUAUAAAUGUAUUCAAAAAAGUCGUUUGCAAACACAUAUGAAAAUACACACCGGAGAAAAACCUUAUUCUUGUCAUAUCUGUGAAUAUAGAUGUAGUGAAAAAAAUAAAUUGCAAAGGCAUAUAAAAAUACAUACCGGAGAAAAACCUUAUUCGUGUCAUAUCUGUGAAUAUAGAUGUAUUAUAAAAAGUAAUUUGCAAAAGCAUAUAAAAAUACACACCAGAGAAAAACCUUUUUCGUGUAAUAUCUGUGAAUAUAGAUGUAUUACAAAAUUUAAUUUGGAAACUCAUAUAAAAAUACACACCAGAGAAAAACCUUUUCUGUGUAAUAUCUGUGAAUUUAGAUGUAUAAGAAAAAAUCAAUUGCAAAAUCAUUUAAAAAUACACACUGGAGUAAAACCUUAA